UCCUCGGCAUUUGAUUGACAGUGCUGCCAUGACAACCCCACAUCAGCUCCAGGGUGUCUGUCCAAUGAGGAGUCAGAUUAAGGAUCCCUCCCUGACUCCCAGGUGAGCUAAAGAGUCAGACUUCAGCAGAUUUCUGGCAGACCGUUUCCGAGACAUUCUUCGUCUCCUCUCUGGUUUCGCUCUGUCAUCCAGAUGGUGUUCCGAUCGCCGCUUGACGUUUUCUCAGCCUCCCGUGUCCUCCUGCCACACUUUGCUGAUGGGCCUCCUAUUCUGUCCUGCUCCCGCUCCCGGGAGGACCAUCCUUCCGCCUGUCCUCCCCUGGCUCUGCCUGGGUUGUGUUUCUCCGCGGCGCAGAUCGCCAGUGUCUGCGAGACUCUGGAGGAGACCGGAGACAUCGAGCGGCUGGCCCGCUUCCUCUGGUCACUCCCGGUGACCGCGGACGGUCGUGACUCCAUCUCUGAGCACGAGUCUGUGCAGCGGGCUCGCGCCGUGGUGGCCUACCACACGGGAAGUUUCCGCGAGCUUUAUCACAUCCUGGAGACGCACCGUUUUACGCGCGACUCCCACGGUAAACUGCAGGCGAUGUGGCUCGAGGCUCACUACCGGGAAGCAGAGAAGCUCCGGGGUCGACCGCUCGGACCUGUUGACAAGUACCGCGUGAGGAAGAAGUUCCCGUUACCGAAGACAAUCUGGGACGGUGAGCAGAAGACGCACUGCUUUAAAGAGCGCACGCGGGGACUGUUAAGAGAGUGGUACCUGCAGGACCCGUACCCGAACCCCGGGAAGAAGCGGGAGCUGGCGCACGCAACCGGACUCACACCGACUCAAGUUGGGAACUGGUUCAAAAACCGGAGACAGAGAGACCGGGCGGCAGCGGCCAAAAACAGGUUGCAGCACCACCGGAUGUGUCCAGACGGUGCGCGGUCACUUAGCGGAGGAGAGUGCAGUCCAGACGAAAGCGGGGAGCGCGCAGAUAGAGACAUUCUGCUUUCAGUAACGGACAGUGACUCUGACUUGGAUGUUUGAGACUAAAUUAUGAAAUGGACCUUCAGGGUCCUAUGAUGGUCAGUCGUGGGUUAACAUAGAGAGGAAAAUGAUGUCGCCAUGUGUACGAAAGGCCGAUCAGGGUUUGGGUUGCAGUAAAAAGCUGCAUCCUGAACGUUACCCCAGCCCACCAAACCAAUAAUCCUAGAGGUUACAUGAAGAUUUUUUUGUUCUUUUAUUUCCUGAAAAUGUGAUUGAUCUUUGUCUAUGAGGCCGGUUUGCUGUUUGGUUUUUUUGUUUUAUCACCAGCUGCAGAUCAGACCCUCAUUUUUGGUUUUGAACUACAUCACGGGAUGGUGCGGUGCACAUCUGUUGACCUAGCUUACACUAUCAAACUGAUUAAACCGACGUCAAGCCGUGGACCCUUGUUGGACUUUAACCCAUGGAGUGGGACCCCCACAUGGGAGGACAAUUACAGACUGAAACCUGCCAGUGAGCUAAUCACUCUAAUUUUCUCUAAUUAUGUGUCAUUGUUAUUGUUUUUUUUAUGAAUCUAGUUCUUUCUAGAGAAGACCCCUGGAUGUCCCCUGUUGUAGACAAUCAAUAUGCACUGAAGCUUACCUUCCUGUCUGGCUGUUUGUAUGUUCAUGACAUUGUUUGUUUCUUUACCUUCACUUAUUAGGGUUCAAACCGCAAACCGGUAGAACCCUUCUAUGUUUGUCUGUUUUAGUUAUUAUUAUUAUUUGUUGUGUGCCCAAGGACCGUUACGGUCCACCUAGAAAAUGUUUCCGCCAUUUUGAAUUUUUUGAAAAACCCAUUUCUGAGAUCUCCUCCUACACCGUAGCUCCGAUUGCCACAAAAUAUUCAGUGAAUCAUCAAUGGAUCAAGCUUAUUACAAGUCGCAUAAAGCAUGUCCAUAUCUUUAUAUCCAUAUCUAGCCUAUAUUACUUUUCAAGGUAUAGACCAAUAAACUUCGAAAGGGGCGUGGCUCUGGACAUAAAUGAACACAAAUCAGCAACCGUAAGACCAAUCAUCACAAAACUAUCAGGGUAUGUUCAGAUCAAUGCCCCAGACAUAUCCAGACAGUUUUAUACACAUUUGCCACUAGGAGGCGCUACAAGCACAAGAUAGGUGAGUGGCUUUACACACAUGUUACUGUAAAUCACAUGUUCAUUGUCCAAUCACCACAAAUCUCUCAGGAUAUGUCCUAGGUACCUGAACCACGUCUGAAAGUUUCAUUAAACUCAAACACCAGGGGGCGCUAUAAAUGCAAACAAAUUGCAGGUGAUACAGCACAUAUCAGGCUAUAAAUGACUAAAUGUUUGUCUAAUCAACACAAAACUUCCAGGAAAUGUCUACAUAAGGACCUCACACAUUCCCUGUAAGUCUCAUUCAAAUUGACCACUAGGGGGCGCUGUAAACGGACAAUAACUUGACGUGGAAUGACAGGAAUCAAGGUUUGAGCUUGGAAUCGCAGCUUGCGGCUUUAUUGUUUAACAAUUGUUUUUGUGUUGGUCAUCUGCUUUUCUCAAACCGCCAUGAGCUGGACUGAGCUACAUAUCAAACUGAAUUAAAAAUAAAUGUUUUUGACAAAUCAGGUGUAGGCAUUUUAAACAAAAGUGCACCGUUUGUCCAAUCGUUACAAAGCAUGCAGGAUAUGUUUUAUAACGACGUUGGAACACGUGUGAAUAUACGUUGAAGUUGCUAUUGAGAAAAAAAGUUUGAACCCGCGAAUCGCCGCUUGUGGCUAUAUUACUUUAUAUAAGGUUCACAGAGGUCACUGUGCAGUGUGUGUGUGAUACUUUGUUGUACUCUAUGUUCAAAUUGACACAGAAUAAAUGUUUGGGUAUUUUUAUGUAAAUAAAAUUAUUUAAUAUA